UUGACAAUAUUUUCAGUUUCGUUGUGUAGUCGCAACCGUUUGGAUAACCGAUUCGCUCUGCCCCAUCCCCCAGACAUUGUGCGUGCCCUGGGGGCUGCUCUCUCUUCAGCUCUCUCUCGCUCUCUGACAUCGUGGGCAGCGCUCUCUCUAUCUCUCACUCUCUUAUUGGGAAUGACAGUCGUGGUCGAGAUACCGAAACCAAAGCGCGUGCAGCAGCUGCCGCAUAGUGCUUUCUUCUUUUUUAGUGGAAUUUCUAUUUUAAUUUAGUUUUUAGUCAUUUGCUAAGUACGUGCAAAUAUUAGACUAGAAUUGUACUAACUGAAGGCACAACAAUUAGCCAACCAAUAGCAAAUUUAAUGUGGCCGCACCUCGUCUGCGUUUACAUAGCAGGCCCUGUUAUUCUGAAAUAAAAACAAAUUAUCGAUUUUUGCGCUCAGCGACGAGCUGACAACGGGCUGUGCAAUAAUUAAAUAUUAGUCGCAAUCACAAUCGCCAUCGUAAACAAUCCCAACAGAGACACUACACAGCGAGAUGGCAGCCAAGCGCAAUACGGUAACCACACAAAUACCGGAGACCCCGCCGGAGGGCACGUCCCUGGCGCUGGAUACACGGCUCUCCCGCCACGUGGAGAGCGUAAUACCCAAGAAGCGCCAGGAGGCGCUCAAGUGGUACGGCUGGGGCUACAAUGACUCGCAGUUCUACGGACAGCAGGGCAUCAUCUGUUUUAAAGGCGACAAAUACCCACUGUCUGGCUGUGAAUUGCCCAACUUUACGAAAUGGGUGAGAAGUAAAUUCGAUCUGGACGUCGAUCACAACAAUGCCUAUCCCCAGCUGCCGCCCACGUACCCGAAGCCCGUGCAGAAUGCGCCCUUUCUCAACGAGCUGCGCGGCUGCACCAAGGUGGAUCACUCUCAGGAGGGCGUGGAUCGCUUGGUGCGAAGUCAUGGCCAGACGCUGAACGAUAUCUACAGUCUGUGGCAUAACAAAUUUGAGCGCAUACCGGAUUUGGUGGUGUGGCCGCGCUGCCACGACGAGGUGGUGCAGCUCGUGCAACUGGCUCAUAAGCACAAUGUCAUGCUAUUGCCCUUCGGAGGCGGGACAAGUGUAUCCGGUGCCGUCAGCUGUCCGCAGAAGGAGCAGCGCAUGAUUUGUGUGCUGGACACGUCGCAGAUGAAUCGCAUGCUGUGGCUCAAUCGUGAGAAUCUGACCGUUUGCUUCGAGUCGGGCAUAGUGGGGCAGGAUCUGGAGCGAGUGCUGCGCGAGCAACAUCUCACAGUCGGCCACGAGCCGGACUCGUAUGAGUUCAGUACGCUGGGCGGCUGGGUGGCUACGCGCGCGUCCGGCAUGAAGAAGAACGUCUAUGGCAACAUUGAGGAUCUGGUGGUGCGCGUACGCAUGGUGACGCCCACGGGCACCCUGGAGCGAGAGUGCAGUGCGCCGCGUGUUAGCUGCGGCCCGGACUUCAACCACAUCAUACUCGGCUCCGAGGGCACGCUGGGCGUCAUUACCGAGGUCGUACUCAAGGUGCGUCCACUGCCGCCGGUGCAGCGUUACGGCUCCCUGGUGUUUCCCGACUUCGAGCAGGGUGUGCUCUUUAUGCGCGAGGUAGCCAGGCGUCGCUGCCAGCCCGCCUCGGUGCGUCUCAUGGACAACGAGCAGUUCCUAUUUGGCCAGGCGCUCAAGCCCGAAAAGAGCUGGCUGGCCAGCUGCCUGGACGCGAUCAAGCAGCGCUAUGUAACGGUGUGGAAGGGCAUUGAUCUGACGCACAUAUGCGCUGCCACGCUGCUCUUCGAGGGUGAGCAGAAAGAUGUGCAGCGCCAGGAGGCGAUCAUCUAUGAAAUCGCCGCACGCUACAAGGGAUUUCCGGCAGGUGGUCAGAACGGGGAGCGCGGCUACUUAUUCACCUUUGUCAUUGCCUACAUUAGGGACUUUGCACUACACCAGGGCAUUGUGGCUGAAUCAUUUGAAACGUCUGUACCCUGGGAUCGUUGCAGCAUGCUGUGUCGCUGUGUGAAGCAGCGCGUUGUCUCGGAGUGUGCCAGGCACAAUAUUUCGCACUACACCAUCUCGGCGCGGGUGACACAGACGUACGAUGCGGGUGCGUGCGUGUACUUCUACUUUGGUUUCCGUUACUUGAACAUACCCAAUCCGGUGGAGGUAUUCGAGGCCAUUGAGCACAGUGCACGCGAGGAGAUCUUGACCUGCGGUGGCUCCCUGUCACACCAUCAUGGUGUGGGCAAGAUACGCAGUCAUUGGUAUCGCAAUGCGGUCACUGAGACGGGCAGCGCGCUCUACAGCGCCGCUAAAAAGCAUCUGGAUCCACGGAACAUCUUUGCGGCAGGCAAUCUGCUGCCAGCGCAGCUGGAGAAACCAACACAGAAUUCAACAGAAGCAGCGACGGCGACUGCGACUGCCCUGAAAGCCAAACUUUAGAGUAACAUUCUAGAUAUCUAUAUUCACGUACAUAUAGAAAUACUAGUCUAAAUCUCACAACAAAAACCUUCAAAACAUUUCUAGCUGCUUUAAACCAUUUGCAUUUCGUUUGCAAUUUUAGUCGGGCUCACUUUUGUAUGGGUGUUACAUUUUUGAUAAAUA